AGGGGAUGCCCCGCGGGCGCCCCCCCCCAGCGGCGGGGCCCCGGUCGCUUGGCUGCCGCCCCGGCGAGGGGGGGGGAGCGGAACGCUUCCUUCCGAUGUGUGUCCACGGGCCUUGUAUCCUUUGCCUUGUAUCCUCGCCACGCGUUCUUAAUGCAUGGCGGCCAGGCUUCCGCGGCGGCAGGGCCAUUGGGGGGCGCGAUGCGCCACCGGGCCCGCGGCCUUCCGUGAUCGAACCGCCCACUGCGUGGAGGAGUGAAGCAGCGCCCACGCGCACCGACGCGGUCCCUCGCCUCGCAGACAUCACCGGCAGCGAGGAGAGCAGCCGCUGCUUGGCGAUGCACCCCAGCGGCUUCGGCCUGAGGGCACUGUGUGCCGCGCUGCUCGGCGCGUGGCCCGCCGCCUCCGGCUACGCCCCGCCGACCAAGUACCUCCUCGUGUCGGAUGCCGUCAACGGGAACAUCGCGUACGCAAAGCUCACUUCCCCUGGCGUGGCGGGCCAGAUGACCCCGCUGAUCACCAAAGGUUUGGUGCACCCGCAGGAUGACGAGUAUGAGGCCGUCGGUCCCUACAGCGCCGAAGUCGAGGGGGUGGCGGGGCGGCUCUGGCGCCAACUGUUGAUUGACCACCAUAUGUGUGCAUGCGAUAGUUUUUACUCUUUGGGGCCCAUUUUUUUUUGGAACCGCAGGUGUUACAUCUCGGAUCGAUUUCACUCAUACCCCACAGGCGUUGAAACCUCAUUUCGUGAAGUGCCAAAUUCUUCAUCAGGCAGGACGACGGCUGCAGGUAAUCAGCGCGCUGGGAGACCGAGAUGGCCACCCGUUACGCAUCGAGUUUCAAUCCGAAUUUCGGUCACAGUUUCAGCGGUUUCGGCAUCGCUGGGAGUUGACUGGAUCAUGGCGUCACUUACCACAUGGCGGGCAUGUGCGGAGUAUAUCGAGCACAUUCUUGCUUCUGUGCUCGGUAUGUCUGAUGACGACUGGAUGAAAUUAUGUACGAAGGCAAUUCCAGAUGAGGUGUACAAUUCCAUUGCUUCGCUUAUGAUUAAUUCUUGACGCUUCGCGUAUCCCCACCAACCCAUCCUACACCAGGCGCUCGAACGAAGAGCGCCGAUGAUCGGCAGCUGUUCUCCUCCCCCUCUUCCUCCUCCUCCGCCUUCUCCUCCUUCUCUUCUCCUCCUCCUCCC